GAAGUGUGAUUCAUCCUGACAUGACAGUUACAUUACUGAACAGCUGAGGUAUAUCAUGCAAAGAGGAAUUUCCUCUUUGAUAUCAUAAAUAAAGGUGUUGUUAUUUAUAUCAUGGUAUCACAGACCAUCAACGGGCAUGGUAUUGUUGAGUGGUAUUUAGUUACUAUCUGUGCUGUACGUAUUACGCGAUGCGCGCCCAAAGUUGUUCGUAUUCGUUUUUGUGGGAUCAAAUAAACAAACAGUGUGUCGCGUAAACGGCUUUUGCCUAAUUACUAACGUACCCAAAUUACAUUUCCUCCAGCGCGUGGUGUCACAUUUUACCUUGAAGAAACCGUUCAACAUUGUGCUUGUGCGAUAAUGUCUGCAAUUGUAAAAGUGGAAAUCAAAGAAGAAGAAAUAAUUGAAUUUAUGAAUCACAAAGUUGUACGUAGCAAUGAAGUCUCCGGAACAAUCAAACGUGAACUUGAAAGUACCGUCAAUGGGGAUUAUUUUAAUGUCACGUGUAAUUUGAAAGAUGAAAAUGAGGUACAGGAAUCUGAAGAUUUCUCGUGCACUAGAGGUCCACUGAUUUCACUAAGUUUUAAUUGUGCUCAGUCUGAUUUUGUAACAAAUAAUACAGCAACUUGGAGAGGACAUCUGCAUACACAUAAGAUUUUGAGAUUUUUAAAAUGCUCUUUUUGCGAUUAUGCAACCAAUAACAAAUACAGUUUUAAAAUGCAUCUUUUGAUCCAUAAGAUCGACAAAGAUUUGAAAUGCACAGAGUGCGAUUAUGAAACCAAUUAUAAAUCCAAUUUUAAAAUACAUCUUUUAACACAUAAGGCUACCAAGGACUUGAAAUGUACACAGUGUGAUUAUGCAACUAAUAACAAAUUCUAUUUAAAAACACAUCUGUUAAGACACAACAGUCUCAAGGAUUUGAAGUGUGAUAACUGUGAUUACGAAACAAAUAUCAAAUACAAUUUUAAAAAACAUCAGUUAACGCACAGCAAGACUGGGAAACAUUUAAAAUGUGCACAUUGCGAUUUUGCAACAAAUCAUAAAUCCAUUUUGAGAGAACAUCUGCAAACACAUAAGACUACCAGAGAUUUCAAAUGCUCUCUCUGUGAUCAUGCAACCAAUAACAAGUCCAGUUUUAAAAUCCAUCUUUUAACUCAUAGGACUGCCAAAGAUUUGAAAUGCACUCAGUGUGAUUUUGCAACCAAUUUCAAAUCCCAUUUUAAAACGCAUCUUUUAACACAUAAGACUGUUAAGGAUUUGAAAUGCAGUCAGUGUGAUUAUGCAACCAAUUACAGGUCAAAUUUCAACAAGCAUCUGUUAACCCAUAGUAAAACUGCCAAGUAUUUAAAAUGUGCACAGUGUGAUUAUGCAACUAUUUUUAAAUCCAAUUUGAAAAACCAUCUGCAAAGACAUAAUGCUUCCAUUGAUUUCAAAUGCCCUCAGUGUGAUUAUGGAACCAAUUACAAAUCUAACUUUAAAAUCCAUCUUCUAACGCAUAAGACUGACAAGGACUUGAAAUAUACACAGUGUGGUUUUGCAACCAACAACAAAUUCAAAACGCACAAGGUCACCGAAGAUAUAAAACAUAACAUUGCCACCGAUUUUGAAUGUGCUUGGUGUGAUUAUGGAACCAAUUACAAAUAUUCUUUUAAAAGGCAUCUGUUGUCACACAAAACUACCAAGGAGUUACAAUGUGCACACUGUGAUUUCGCAACUAAUUACAAAGCUUAUUUCGAAAAACAUUUGCGAACACACUAGAUUGUUGAGGCCUUCAAGUGCUGUUUGUGAUUACAAGAGCCAAUAACAAAUUGCCACUGAUUUGGAAUGAGCUUGGUAGUGAUUAUGGAACCAAUUCCAAACACAAGCAACACUGCGCUGUUGUAAUUGUUAUAAUUAUUUAAAUUAUGUUUAUCUCUAGAUUAACGUACAAUUAUGCACUUUAAUCUAUGAGAUAUAUGAUUUAACAUUUAUCCUAUACAUUGAUAGGACCUAUACGUGAAGUGCCUUAUAAUACGCUAAACCUUUUUAUUUAGUAAAAGUACUCCGAUAAGGAAUUCGAUUACAUAAUCUUUAAAUUUUUUGAGGACUUUUCGUCAAUUUGUCUAAUCUUUAAUAUUUAUUCUUCACCUACUACUAAUGUAGACGAUAUGUAAGAUCACAGGGCAUAUGUUAUAGAGGCAUCUCGCAUAUAUUAGGCAACACAAUAUCAGUGUAUAAAUUGAUCUCUAAAGCACACAGGCGUUGUGCCCUUAAUGUUGUAGUGCCUUAUGCCCGUUUGCACCAACAAAUUUAAGUGGAGCUUAGCUUAAGCGUCCCUUAAAAUCCAUUGUCUCAAUAAUCGUUGCCAUGGAUUUUAAGGGACGCUUAAGCUAAGCUCCACCGUUGAGUGAAAAGUAAUAAGAGACGCAACUUGAUCAAUUUAUAUGAGGCUUGUGCGGGCACCGACAAAUAGAUGCGCCAGUUGUCAAAAGGCACCGAGAUCACAGAGUACUUGACUUUUAUUCGGUGCCGAGGCCCGAGAUGUUUCAGUGACGUAAUUGAUUGGAAAGUGUUGGUGAUGACGUCACGACAGGGCUGCCAAAUAAACAGCUGAUGGAAAUAAAACAAUUCAUUCACAAAACACAAAUUCAUUUUUAGUGCGCGUUUUGCAAUGGCGUUUUGUUUCCGAUUUCCCUUUUUAGUGCUACUGUCGUGGAUGUCCACAUGAUUCAAGACGGGAAACGUGCAGUUGUUCCGAUUUCCAGCAGAAAAUAAACAAUUUUACUAGUGGAAAAAGAUGUGCAGUAGAGCGAGCCAAUCGAGAUCCGAAGUAGAGUGAUGGUAACAACAUGUUGGGUCACCACUACCAUAUUAUUCCCAUGGAAUAAAGAGGGCACAUGGAAAUUUCUUUAUCGAGAAACGUGGAAAAGAAAAACCAAAAAAGUUUGACCAGUAAGAAAUGUAACGAAGAACCCGGAGCCAUGGAAGCAGGUCCUUUCACUUCAACAUUUCUGCUAAAAUCUCGAACACUUGAAAAAACCGAGUUGUACUUUUUCAAAGAAGAAAAUACUAAUUUAAAUGAAACCCUACAACUACAACAGUGUGAAAAAAAACUAUUGUUCCAAGAUAUUAGUGGGGCUCACUUUUUAGUGUAGCUGGGCUGUGGAAAUCAUACCACCAGACUAUCUAUUAUGUACGUUGAUGAAGUUUCGAUUAAAUUUAAAAUAUUUUAAGUGUUUUAGAUUUACAGUGAGUAGGUAACAUGAAAAUGCAAAACAUUAUCGUCACAUUUAUAUGUGCUACUUGUAAUGUUGUACGCGGGCCUUAUGAGUAAUAUGAGUAAUAGAGAGAAAAAUUAUCUUUUUAUAUCGACAUGCUUCAAAGACAUCACAAAUGGCAGAAUUGUGUUGGAUUGCACGGAAAUUGAAGGUGCAAUUCCGCAUUCCUUUAAAAAAGCUUUAUCUUCU